AAUCAAGAUUCAAAUUAUAUGUAGUAAUUGUAUUAAAUAGAUCAAAUCAAGAUUCAAAUUAUAAAUAGUAAUUCUAUCAAAUAAUAAGGUUGAAGUACAAUUAAAAAUAUGAAAGUCAUUCAAAACAAUCUCUUCUUUUUAAAUUUCGCAUGACUUUUUUUAUUUUUUCUUGAGAAUUGAUGAAAAAGAAGAAGAAAAACAUGGAUAAUUGAAUGGUAUAUACGAUAAAAAUGCACAAAUGCACACACAUAAACUCAUUUAAAACUCAUCCGAAUAAGAAUCAAUGAAUAUUCAAAAUGUAUGAAAUAGUAAGAUUCUAAACCUGUCUUUUACAAGAUAAAAGAACUCUUAUCUUAAUGAUUCUAACAAACAAGUCAUAUGGAGGGAAAUGAAACCAUAUUUCCUUAGACAGAACUUAUUUAGGAGGUUUUAAUGGUCACAGUUUCACCUCCAUAAUCCAAUCAAUACUAAUAAUUUAUGUACCGGAGUCACACUGUUGCAGCUGAGAAGAUUGGAUUCACAUCAAUCCGGCCAUUUUAUGGUCAAAAUGGAUCUCUGGAGGAGGUUCUCGGUGGUCUCAAUUUCGGAUCAACACAAGCUAAAAUCAUGAAUCAAGGAAGCUACAGUCACCAGUCUCUCAACCAACAACUACGCCAGGUUUCUGAAACUAUGCAGCUGUUGCAACUGCAGCUGACUGAGGACACUGCUCUUCAACUUACAAAAUCCUCCAUCUUUUUCCUCUCCUUUGGCAAAGAAGAUUACAUUGAGCUAUUCCUCCACAACUCUUCCAGUUCCAACCACACGUUGCAGCGCGGAGCCGAAUAUUUUGCUACCAUUUUGGUCAACCAGAUGGCAAAUGCUGCGAGGUAUCUUUAUAAUGCUAAUGCAAGGAAAAUCACAUGUUUGGGAGUCCUGCCUUUGGGAUGCACACCUCGUAUGGUCUGGGAGUUGAAUAGUACGUCAUCAGCAGCAGAUUCUAACGAAAACGGUUGUGUGGAACAUGUCAAUGACAUGAUCUUCGAAUACAAUAGAUUGCUGGACGAACAAAUAGACAAGCUCAAUACAGAAUUUCCUGAUGCUCAGAUGGUGUUCUGUGAUGUAUACAAUGGAAUGAUGGAGAUUAUCAACGAGCCAAGGCUUUAUGGUUUUGAAGACGUGAAGAGUGCAUGUUGCGGACUUGGUAUGAAUGGUGCCAUGAUAGGGUGCAUCUCCAUGGACAUGGCCUGUGAUCAAGCUUCAACUCAUGUUUGGUGGGAUUUGUUUAACCCUACACAAGCAGUUAACAAAAUCCUAGCUGAUGCAGCCUGGUCUGGCCAACCAAUUCCUGAUCUUUGUCGCCCUAUCAGUAUCCAUGAACUAGCUAGCAUCAAAGUCUAGCAUUUCCUAUUGAUCAUGUUAUAAAAUUUACUGAAGUUUCA